UUGGUUUGUUGUGAAAGGAGCGGAGGAAGGAUCGUGUGUGAGCGAGAAAAAGUUGAGCUCUCCUAGAUUUCCACCUGAUUGCUCGGGAAGCGGGAGACUGGCUGGGAAAUGUUAGGUUUGGGGAGCGCAGGAGCCAAAUCUUCCAAACCGUCAUUUGUGUCUUAUGUUACACCGGAGGAAAUAAAAUUGGAAAAAGAACCACCAAAGAAAGAAAUACAUCCUAAUUUGUUACCAGGAGAAGUGGUUUUCUGCUGUGCCAACCCCAUUCUCAAAUAUACUCAAGAUGAUCUCUCACAGCGUGGCGUCUUUGGCACAUUGUUCUGCACCAAUUUUCGUAUUACAUUCAUUAUUGAUGAGGCGUCGCAGGAGGAGACCGCCAAGAACUUUAAGAACAAACUCUAUGGAGAAAAUGACAUUCCAUUAAUGUGUGUGGACCAUAUCUAUGGUGUGUAUGAUGAAAAGAGGAAGCUGAUAACUGGAGGCCUCUUGAAGAACAAAUGUCCAUCCAAAAUUAUCAUUCAUUGUAAAGAUCUGCGUGUUUUGCAGUUCUGUCUAACGUUUACCAAGGAAGAAGAUGCAAAGAGGAUCUUUCAAGGUAUUGCACACCAUUGUUUGGAGGAGAAAUCUCUGAAGUGUGUCUUUGCUUUUUCCUACGUGGGGUCAACAAGCCAAGACAUGCAGAGGAAAUGGGAGACAAUUCUGUUUGACUCACCAGGGGACUGGACACAGGAAAUGAAACGGACCAAAGCUAAAUGUAGAUUAGUCACUGAAAAUGAGAACUUUGAACUCUCUCAGAGGUUACCAAAGUACUUUGUCAUCCCAAGAGCAAUAGAGGAUUUAUUCAGCAACCAAGGAAAGGGAUUACCAAUCUGGUGUUGGUCUCAUCACAGUGGUUGUGCUCUGUUUAAAGCGUCAUUCCUGCCUGUGACACAAGAAGAUGGGGAUUUUCAAAAGCACUUGGAGAUAAUGAUAAAUUCUGUUGCACAUAAUUACCUUUACUCAGUAAAAACAGAGGACCUCUCAGAAUCACUUCCGUCUAUCCAAGACAUCCAGCAGUCAUACAACAAAUUCAAACAGUAUUUUCUUAUUGAUAAUUCAACAGAUUUUUGGUUGCUGGAUGUGAAAUGGUUCUCUUCCCUCGAGAGCUCAGGAUGGCUAGAUUUUAUCAGACAAUGUCUACAGAAAGCUGUAGAGGUGGUUGAAUGUCUUGAAAAAGACAACACAAAUGUCCUUUUAACAGAGGGAGAGGGAACAGAUCUUUGCUGUGUGAUCUCCAGUCUGGCUCAGAUAAUGCUGGACCCUUAUUACAGAACAGUGAUGGGUUUCCAGAGUCUGGUGCAGAAGGAGUGGGUGGCUGGUUGCCAUGCCUUCAUGGAUCGAUGUAAUCACCUCCAUCAGAAAGACAAAGAGUGUCAGUCUCCAGUGUUCCUGCUGUUCCUGGAGUGCGUGUGGCAGCUUGCUCAGCAGCACAGCCCGGCCUUCCAGUUCUCCGAGACUUACCUGACUGUGCUGUCCGAUAGUGUUCAUGUGCCAAUUUUCAGCACCUUUAUGUUCAACUCUGCCUAUCACAUGGAAAGUGUUAUGAAGGCCGAGACACCAACUGCACAAAGUGGCUCAUUGAGCUUCCCUACAGUGUGGGACUGGUCUGUGCAGUAUGACAACAAGGCCCAGAAUUUCUUCCUUAACCCUUUGUACACUGAGAAGGUGAAAAUCGAGAGAACUGUACGCAAACCUCACAAGCCCAAGCACCAAAGACAGUUAUCCUUACCCAGCUCUGCCUUCAAAACGCCACCCAAGAAAGGUUUCUUCAAGGACGAGACCGAAAGCCUUAAAAAGAUGUUGCGAGUUAAUCGUAUUAGUCGCUGGAUGGGGUCUCCUGACUCCCCCGUGGCAGCCUCCCAAGAAUUCUACGAGUCCUGGCAGCAGCGUCCUCUGGACUACCACGGCCUCCUGCUCCCCUGUCUGGAUGGACCGGCUCUCCGCCUAUGGAUGCAGCGCUACCUACGCUGGAUUCCUGAGGUGCACAUCCUGGGUGGUGGCUCCGUGGCUGUCAUGACCAAGAUUAUGGAACUGCUAGGUCAGGUGCAGGACUUAAAGCGUAUGCUGGAGCAUAGAGAUUCCUCACAAGCUGCUAAACUUGAUCACCGUCCACAGCUUCAGCACAGGCCGAUCUCGUUUGGCUCCUCAGGUCGAAUUUCAUCCUCAUUUCCCUUCACCUACAGUCGCAACCGGUCUUUCAGGCCCAUUAUUCCUACAGGUCUGCUGCAAAGCCUUAUGUUAACUGACAACAUAGCCAACCAAGAGGAUGAGGUAGUUGAGGAAGUGAGUUUGGUUUAACAGGGAAUCCCUAUUCAUCUACAUAUUAAAUAUUCAUUCAUUUAUUAGUAGUAUUAUUAGGUAAAAACAGGAUUAUAGUGGCCUUAACUUGUCAGAUCCAUAUUUAAAAAUGCUGAUGGCGCUUAAAGUGCCUUUGGUGCUAAGUAGAUCCUUUUGGAAAGAAAUAUAGGCCUUUGACAAACCAAUUGUGCCCUACUGUAUUGAUAAGUUAAAAUGAGACUUAAGACAGGAUGUAAGCUUUCAUCUAGCACUGUUUUGUUUUUGUUUUUUUGUUUUUUUUUACAUUUAUUUAUAUCUUAGAGGAAAAAUACUUGGCAUUCUCCUUUUGCUCAUCAAAAAUCAGGAAGAGGAUAUAGCCCUCAACUUCCAGCAUUUCCUCUCAGACCUCUUCGAGACCAAGCAACGCUUAUCUGCAUAGCACAGUGUUGCGUUAUAUAUUUCCUAUUACAAAGUAGCAUUUAUUCUAAUAAUUUUUUGGGAAUUUGAAAUGGAGGAUUGUGCUUGUUUUAUUUUUAAGAUAUUUGGAUGAUUUAAUCCCAUCUCUGUCAUUUUAUAGUAGACGUAUACCGUCGACACUGCUGUAGGUUGCACUGAAAGUUUAAAUCUAAAAAAAGUCUACCUUAUCCACUUUUCUCUGACCCUUUGCAUAUUUAAGUACCAGAUAGCUACACCCAUUCAUCAAUAUGUGCACUUUUUCCCCCAUAUACUGAUGCAGUGCUGAACACUUCAUUUCAGUAUUUCAAUAUACGUAGCUUUCUCUAGCAGUGAGAAGGAUAAAGAGAUGGAGAGCUGAGCAAAAUAGUAUUGAGCCACUUACAGGUAUAUUAUUAUCACUCCUGCAUUGGCAUUUUAUUUAGGAUUGUACUGAAGAUUAAACUUGACUUAAAUAUGUUCCACUGAUGUUAUGUUGAUCUUUGAAUAUAUAAAUGUUUAAUGUUUGAAUGAGGGUAUAUUUUUUUUGAGGUUUCCAAUGCUGUCCAAUGAUUAUUUGGGUAUCCCAAAUUUAAGAAAACAGGAAGCUAGAACAAUACAUAAGAUCAGCAGUGUCUCAGAGAUACAGUCCUCUAUUGAAUUAUAUGCACUGUGUGGUUCUUAUUUGGCCAAGUAUAGGCUUCCUAUUCCUUUAUUGGACCUUUUACAUUAAACUAGGUUUGAGGCUGAACAUAUAAUGCAUAAAAAUACAGAGAAACAAAAGAAAUCAAAGCUGAAUAUACGAAUAUCAUCACAAUUCAUUCAUAAGUAUAAGGACAGAAUGUUAGUGAAGAAAAAAAUAAUUUUAGUCCUUAUCUGAGGAAUUUAUCAACCAUUUGUGCUAAAUAAAUGUCAUGCAUACGUGAGAGAAAGUUUCAGUCAGUACUUACAGAUGGUUUCAACUCAUCAACUUCUAAAGAAUAAUUUAGAAUUAAAGGUAUGUAGACAAAAAACAUUCUAGUAGAUUGCAAGCCUUAUAUAACAAUUGAUGCAUAAGCUAGUCAUGCUGUAGCAUUUGUAAAAAAAAAAACUUUUUUUUGAAUCACUACUGCCACAAAUCAACAAGUACAUCAGUUAAAAAACGGAAAACUCUGUCAUUAUUUACAAUCAUGUUUUUUGAAACUUGUAUUACUUUAUCUCUUCCUUGGAACACAGAAGGAGAUGUUGGGCAGAAUUUUAAGGACUGACAGCCUUAGUUCUCCAUUCAGUUUAUUUUAUUGUAAAAAAGUUCAGCUUGAGCAUUCUUCAACAUUUCUUCUCUUGUGUUGUGUCAUACAGGUUUGGAACAAUAUGAGGUUGAGUAAAUGAUGACAGAAUUAUCAUUUUUGGGUGAACCAUCCCUUUUUAAAAUUAUUUUCAGAAUUGUUUUUCUGUUUAUGUUUUUCUGUCUCAGUAUCUGUCUUUUAAUGUAAUGAGGCUGAUGUAAGCGCCUAAAAGUACUAAACUAAGUUAUUUGCUGGCAAAAGUGUGUAGAAAACAGUGUUCUUCCCAUUCAGUUUUUGUGUACGCCCCCUCCACCCUUGUUUGCACAACUACUACUCUCUGCCCUCUGCCAGUCAAUCACUGUUACUGUUACUUGAACAGUCACUGUGACUCUGAUUCUGUUCAAUUCAGCCCUGCUGUAAUAUAUUACUGUAUAAUUGAUGUGUAUAUUUCUAUAACUUUCUAAAUCUUUCAAUAUGUGGAAUAUGUCAACGGGUUUUGCCUUAUAUGGGAUCAUUGACAUUUCUAUGCAAGAAUAAUAUUAAAUACUUUUAUAUCUGCACUUGUUAAUUAUGUAAAUUGCUCUUUUUCACAAAGUAUAAUUCAAAUAAAAGAGAAACUGCUUUGCAAUCAUAAACAACAUUAGUAAAAAGUAAAGGCUUCCUGUCUGAUGACUGUAGGUGACUGAAACCACAUGAGGUGAUAAAUUAAUACAGUUUAAACUCUCUUUUCCCCCACAUAGAGUAUUUAUUUAUAUAUUUUUUGCUGCUCCACCUCUUUACUUGUUGAGCACUUUUUCCUACUUUUCUAGAAUUAAAAUGCAAAUAUAUUCAUUUUAUAUUUAUAUAGUUUUAUUAAUCGAACUCUUAAGUUUGUGUUAAUGUGUGAAAACGUUGAGGAAUAACCACUGAUCUAUAUAUAUAGCUCAGUGGGAAUAACCCAAAUAUAAAAAACUGUAAUUGUAAAAAACAUGAAAUGCAGAAUAUGCCCACUCAAACAAUAUUUAGAAUGUUAAAUCAAUGUGAUUUUAAUUAACUUGAGGCUGUGUUUCAAAAUAUAGUGAGCUUCAUGGCCGGGUCAUAAAGACCCCAUGAAAUCAAAACCUAUCUGUGGCAGGGCGGAGGGCGGCGUUGGACUGUGAUUAUACACACCCGGUCCCUUAUCAGGCUAAUUAAGCCUCCGGGAGGAAGGGACGAGAGAGAAUGUAGAAGGUCAGCUGACCAUCAUGUGUGUGUUUUUGUCUUUUGUUUAUUUCUUCAUUGAACUAUUAUUUAUAUUGUCAAGCGGGUUCUCGCCUCCUUUCCCAUAUAUCCUUUCACACUAUCUAUUAGCUUUAAGGUCAUCUGCUAGCACGGUUGGGGAGUAAUGGAAUACAUGUAACUGGAUUAUGGAUUUAAAAUACUAAAUAUUUGUAACUUUAUUCCACUACAAUUUAAAUUUAAAUCAUUGGUAAUCAGAAUACUGUUAAAUUCAAAUGUAUUUUGAUUACUGAAGAGAUUACUUUGCAUUUCAUUAUCAUUUGUUUCAUUAAAUUAAGGUCUGUGUCUGCUUUGUUGGAAUACAUCCAUUAAUUAUGCAAUCUGAUGAGUGUUUGAACAGCCGUGAAACACAUUCUUAUGAUUUUUUACUUUCAUACUAACAGACAUGGGUGCCUUCACACUGUUAUGAGUGAAAAGAUGGAUAUAAAGUUAUAUGAUCAGAAGAUGAUGUUUUUGAGUACAUUUUUGGAGCAUCAGAAAGAGUAAACCUUGUGUAUAUUGUCAUGUGAACAUUUAGCUUUAUGCUAGGCUAAAAUGCUAUUUUUAGGCCUUUUACAUCCACCUCUAACCAAACACGAAUAUAUUUUUCUAUCAAGAAAAUCCACAUUAGAUAAUUAUUAUAUAUAAUAUUUUUUAUUGAUGUCUAUGGAGGAGAUGCUUCAGUAUGCCUUAUAAUUGGCUCUUCACUUAAUAAAUUGACCACCUGUCUGCUUAUUUUCAACAUGAUUUACA